AAAUAUCAAGCCCUUCCUAUUCUUUCAAUUACGCUCAAUGGAGGGCAUCAAUGGUAGUGUAAACGGGCUACUUGAAGCUCAAACUCAAAUUUGGAACCACCAUCUCAGUUUCAUAAAAUCCAUGGUACUGAAAUGCGCAGUCCAACUUGAAAUCCCCGAUGCCAUCCACAACCACGGUGGCCGUCCAAUGACCAUCUCACAGCUGGCUUCGGCGCUGUCAAUCCACCACACCAGAGUCCGCUAUCUCCACCAACUCAUGCGCUUUUUGGUGCACUCCGGAUACUUUGCGGAACAAGAAGUUUCCCCCGGAGAUGGCCAAGAAAAGGGGUAUGUCCUCACUGACACCUCUCGUCUUCUGCUUAAGGACAGUCCCUUAAGUCAAAGGCCAUUGGUUCUGUCAAUUGGUCAUGUCAUGACGAAAUCCUGGGAUUAUAUGAGCCAGUGGCUCCAAGACGAUUCCCAAGGAAUUCCAACACCAUUUGUUAUGGCUCAUGGAAAAACGGUAUGGGAGCAUGCCCGCGACGAGCCAAGGUUUAACGAUUCGUUUAACGAGGUCAUGGCUAGUGACAGCGUUUUGUCUACGAGUGUGGUGAUCAAUAAGUGCAGAGGGGUCUUUGAGGGGUUGAAUUCAAUCACUGAUGUUGGUGGUGGCACCGGAUGUAUGGCUAAGGCCAUUGCCAAAGAAUUUCCCGACGUGAAGUGUGCUGUGUUUGAUCUGCCCCAUGUGGUCACUGGCUUGAAAGGCAGUAAGAACCUCAAAUUCAUUGGUGGAAACAUGUUCGACGAAAUUCCCCACUCAGAUGCCAUCAUGUUGAAGUGGGUGCUGCAUGAUUGGAAUGAUGAGGAUUGUGUAAGAAUACUUAAAAGAUGCAAAGAAGCAGUUUCGAGGAAGGUGAUCGUCAUUGACAUGGUAUUGGAGGAGAAGGAGAAGAGCAGGGACCAAGACAACAUUAAUAUUGAAACACAACUGCUGUACGACAUGCAGAUGAUGGCUCAAGUAACAGGAGAAGAAAGAAACGAAAAAGAAUGGGCUAAGCUCUUUAUUGAUGCUGGUUUUAGCAGCUACAAGAUGAGCCAUGUUUUAGGCUUAAGGUCUUUAAUUGAGCUCUAUCCUUAGUUGCUUGAUAAGUCUACCAGUUAAUUGCUGAGAAAAUGGAUAAAUAAAGAUAAUAACUUUAGAUUUUUUU